UUCUGCGAGAGCAUCAUGGCUUUGGAGAGGCAUUGCAAAGCCCCGCGGAGCUCUGCUAGUCGUUGAAGCACAGAUGAUCUACUCCAUGCAGAUCUAUGCUCUUAAGUCUCGCUGCUAGGUUGGCAGUGAAGGUCCAGGUAGCAGGAAGGCCACUCAAUGCUGCCUGAGAGCUGUGAGCAGACAGGUGGGUUCGGAGACUGUGGUAAUCGUCCAGCUGCAGCCAAACUUGAACAGCUCGAACACAGUGAGCUUCCAUUUCCUUCCAAGGCUUCGAUUCAGACUUCAGUUUCCCCUGGAUCGAUUGCGUGUGGCGGAGGUCACGAUGCCGGGGACUCAGCCAGUGCAAUAUUGCCUGGCGAGGCAACUGCGACCCUGUGCGCCUGCCUUCUCUGAUCCAAUGCCAACUACAUCUCCUGCGGAAAUGUGUUCUGGAGAUGUAUUCGCACUGCUGUGAAUGUUAGGAUAUCUCCUACAAAGUCACAACACACAUCGGGAAGAUGCCGCUGGGCACAGGGCAGUUCUGCCUUGCGUCCGAGUUGCACCACAAACGUCAUCCCCAAACAUCGUGACGUCCGGUUGGGAAGGCUACAAGCAGAUUUACAUAAUUGUUCACACGCUCGAUUGACGACCUAGGCUUCAAACCUGCCAUCAGGGUGGCCGGCAAUAGGUCAUGUCGGCUCUCCAGGCGGACCGGUUGCUCAGCUGCAAAAGACCACUUCUGCCACGCAAAGAAGCACCGACAUCGAAGCAAAUCCGCCCUACUCCCUCGUCGAGAAAGGAUCGGCGCGCGUUGUUGGGCCGUUCGACGCGACCCUUGAAAUGUUUAUACACAAUACAACGCGUCGCGUGAGCAGGGGAUAUAUAUACUGUCGUCUCCUCGCCUCGUCCCUGUUCUGCUUCUUCUUUUCUCUCCAUACGAAGAGUCUUGCUACGACAAUUGCAGAUAUACAUGACAAAGGUUACAAUGUCUACAAUCACAUCAAGCUCUUCGUACUGUAGCCCUGCGCCCAAGUGGCGUUGGGCUACAGAAGGUCUGUACUCUGACACCUCCUCUGAUAUGCUGAACUACAUUGCAGGUGACUUGCACCGCUCGCCAACACGGUCGACGAACUCGAUCUUCGGUGCUUCUCCCGCCUCCCCCACGCCGCCGUCCCCUCGAUCCCGCCGGCAACCGACACUCCGCACCCCGAUAGUCCACGGUCCCGGUCAUUAUCUGCGCGCCGCCGAGUCACCUCGACGUCGUCGACAGCCUCGGAUCGUCCCCGAUCCGAGCCCGGGCCCCGUCCCCUUUCACUAUCGGCGAGCACCCAGUGUGGAGUCCCCGUGCCGUAUGCCAACUGUGUCACCUCCGCCUCUGGUCAAGUCUCCAAGAAUCAAGGCGUUUUCCCGAGCGACUCGAAAGUUUUUUCCUUUCUAGUGGAAAGGUCCUAUCGUCUCGCCUCGGCCAAAACCGACUCGACCACCGAUCAAGGCGUUCUCCAAAGCCAGUUACAGGCGCUUGGACCAUGGUGCACUCCUGCCAAGGGUGAUCGCCCACAUGACAACGAGGCCCAUCAAGGCUUUCUCCAAGGGAAACAUCCGCGGGCUGAUCGACCGCCGGAUCCCCUUGAAGCCACGUGUCAGCGACCCAGCACCCCCUCCCCCUGCUCCUCAAGGCGUAGUACGCGUACGCAUCAGGGGGCCACUACUGUCGCGCUCUCCCAGCAGUUGUGGCAGCAGUUGUGCCAGCAGCACCUUGACGACUUCUCCGGCGGCGUCUCCCACCAGCCAAGAUGACUUUGAUGCAGAUGAAGCCUUCCUGGAUUCAUUUGUUUCAGAGUUGCCAAUUCCCGAGACGCCGCCCACUGGCCCGGUCCUUUGUUCCCGCACCCAGCCAACAACGGCACUGGAACCCUCCCUGGGUUUCUUUGCUCGUUGCGGACAAAUCGUGGACUCGGCAGUCAGUAAGGUUGCACAAUGGGUUUGUUCCUGGUUCAAGUAACCUCGGCAAUUUUGACACUGGCAUGCGGUACGGGCAAUGUGAGGGAUUGAGUGGUGGUUGAUGGUGGUGGUUGAUGGUGGUGGUUGA